AUAUAUUAGGAAGAAGAUGUGGAAGCACCAGAAGCUGCCACGUGACAUUUGUUUGUUUUUAAUAUUAUUUUUUCCAAAUUUUCAAAAGUGAGACACUGACACUAGGGACGGCUAUACAGUUUAUUUCUGCAGUAGUACACUGUACACACACCCCACCAUUUCCUCACCCUGAUCAACUUCAAUCUCAGCCCAUUUCCGCCAUUAACACAUCUUCACCUUCUCUCUCAUCAUGAAAUCUCAUCAACCAAAGCUCAAAACCCAACUCUUCUCUUGUGGCUUUUUCGGCCAUUGUACUCAAACAGUACUCAGCCCCACCAGUGCUACACCUCAUCCUCCUUCUCUCCCUCUCUCCUCUGCCGAACUACCUCCACCGCCGCCGCCAUCAACGUUUCCUCCGACCCAACCUAACCUUCAACCCGAAUCCGAAUCCUCUUCUUCCUCAACGUCUCAGAGCUUCACACAAUGGCGUUUCCCACUACCAAACUGUCCAGUUCGUAAUAUCAAUAUACGAUCCGAAUCCGAUUUAACACCGGAGGAAAGUGAUCAGACUGGUCACCAUUACGGCCCGCCACCUAUUUCUCCCACGAACCUCCAAGAAGUGUUCCACGCAGCUGAGCUCCAACUAAGCGUCGGGUCGGAUUCGGAUCAGUUAUCUGCCCUACAACUUCUAGAGAGAUCUCUGGUUCCCAACCCGCCGACCGAUCCUGAAUGCCCGCCGGAGUUGAUGCGCGGUGUAGUGGGGAGUUUAAUUUCUCAGGUUGGGGCGAAACCUGCGUCGAAGAUUUUGCUAGCUCUCUGCUUGGCGGAGCGAAACCGGAGAGUUGCCGUGGAGGCGGGAGCUGUAGCGGCGGUGAUCGAGUCAGCGCCCGAGUUGGAGGGAGCAGCGGCGGAGAGAGCAAUGGCGGCAUUGGAGCUCAUGUGCACUGUGGGCGAGGGAGCUGCGGCGGUAAGGGCACACGCGCUUGCAGUGCCAGUGAUGGUGACUAUGAUGGGGCGGAGUUCAGCUAGGGAAAAGGAAUACGCAAUAAGUGUGCUUGGGGUGAUUUAUGGUGGCGCGUGGGAAGGAGUGGCAGAGGCAGCAACGACUGCGCCCGCCGAAGAGGUGGCUCGUGCGGUGGAGUUGGCUUUGGAAGGUGAAUGCAGUGGUCGUGGUAGAAGAAAGGGUUUGCAAUUGCUGAAGACUUUGUACGAUAACACCAAGAAUAAUCAUCAUAACUCCCCCACCACCACCACUACUGCUCUCUCAUGAGUUUAAUUAAAAUUUACAUUUUCUUUAAUAAUUUUAAAAUUAAUGUCUUCUUAAUUUUUCUUUUUUAAGUUAAAAUGAGUUUUUUAUUGAUGGAAGUGUGGAGUUUCAUGUUGAAAAAUUACAAUUAAUGAUGCAUAAUUAAAUUAACUUUAACUUUAAACAA